UUGUUUUUUCGUGACGUCGUCUCGAUGCGCAUCAUAAUGACAUGACGUCAUAAACGUCGCGAACUAUUAUCGUUGUCAAUCGACAGAUAAACACACGCUCUUAUCGGCAAAAUCAAUUGCAAGGAUUCUAUUACUGAUCAAGAUGGAGAAAGCAGGGUUCGAGGGUCGGUUGCGUUCACUGUUGGUGGACUACUUGUCCUCCACAAACACACGGACAAUGACGCCCGUGAGGAAACACAUUCUGCAGCUGGUGAUGUUUCUGUAUGGAGAGGAGAAUUUUGAUCAACUUGGUAGAUUCUCUUACUCCAAGAACAAAGAAGUUGCUGAUCAACAAAGGAAGUACGUUUUGUUCGGCUUUCUCUUCAUGGAGGCGUUGAAGAAACACACGGUGACAGAGACGGACUUUACCACCCUCCAGAGAAUGUGGGGGCAGCAUAUCCUGUCCCUGGUCAACAACGAAAUGACAAAGACAGCUGAAAGAUACGAAAGGAUUCUUCAUAACAGCGAGGAGACAAUUUUUAACAUCAAACGAUUUCAGCGAAAUCUGGAAAGAACGAAAGCAAGCGAACCAAAUACAGAGAGCCUAUCCAUUGGUCACGUGGCAAAGAUUAAAGUUUGUCCGUUUCGCUUUAGAAGACCCAGGUUAUUUGAGAGAAUUGCAAUGUCACUGAAGAAAAAGUUUGGCCGAGGAGAUUCGAAAGACUUUUUGAUGUUGAAGUUCCAUGGCAUUCAGUAAAUGUGGCGUUUUAGUCACUUGAUUAUAUGGAUCUCAGUUGUGGCGUUUUAGUCACGUGGCAAUUGAACUUUGUUUUUGUUGUGGUGCUUUUGUCACCUUUACCAUGUGGCGUUUUAGUCACUUGGGGGAGGGGUUGGG